AAACUAUCGACUCACUUUAAUGACGUCGUUCUAAACAACAAUGAUGAAAACCGUUCAAAUGGAAAAAGGAAAGAAAAUAUUAACAACAUAACUCAGAUUCGAGGUUUUGGUAGAGAGAUAGGGUUUAACUUCAAGAGAACGAAACGAUCCGCCUUUUGUCAAAUUGUACUGGGGUCUCUUUGCUUCAUUUUUGGCGUCUUCGAUCGAAUUUUUAUCUACAGCAGAUACCAUGGUUCGUAUGCUUUCCACACGGAAGGACUCAUUGCGAUUUGGACGGGUGUCUGGUUCCUAAUCACCGGCGUUAUUGGAUAUUUUGCAAGUAAACCCUAUCCAAGCACACAGAGACCCAAGAUGGCUAUGAUCAACACCUACUUGGGGUUUUCCAUUGUAGCCACUGUGUUUGCUGGAGUGCUGCUGAUUUGCUACGGUUUGGGUGUUAGUUAUAUAACACGCUCAAGACCAUCAUGCACACGAUAUGUGCACACGAAUUGCGAUUACUCUCCAUACAGAUGUGACAUAGAAAGAGUGACUGACAGCGAAUGCCAGAUAAGUGUUGGAUUGGGUGCCAUGAUCAUCAUCUUUGCUGUUAUUGAGUUUGGCGUUGGUAUCUGGUCUUCCAUCUGCUGUUGUAUGGGUUGUGAUGGCUGUUGCUGUGACACAUCUACUCCACGACAAAUGGGACAGAUUGUCUACCUUCAAACCCAAGAAGGUCCUGUUGCUGCUUAUGUCAUGACCCAGGGACCUAAUGGGAUGCCUGUGGCUGUCCCAGCAAUGACUGGAGGACCUGUCUAUCCGGCACCAAACCAGUCCGUGGGUGGACAAGGGUAUGUGAUGCAGAAUCGUCCACAAGGUGCAACAGCUGUGACUACUACACAAUAUGACCAAGGAGAUGUUACUAAUUCAGGUGACCAGCAACCAUCAGGGAAGACAACAGGUGCGUCCAGUGAACCACCUCCAGUUUAUAUGCCUUAAAGAAACUUGAUAAAUCAUGGAAUUUAAAUGAAGCUGUCUUUUUUUAAUUCGUGGAAAAGCUGUUUUUCAACACCGAAUGGAAAUAUGGCGACCAAUGUGAAUACCUAUGGUUCUGCACUGACUAGUCACUGAUUAGCUUCGUGUUCACAUGGAAACAUAAAAACGUUUUUACAUGUAUGAGAGGCUAGUCAGUCGCUAGUCAGUGCAGAACCAUAGGUAUUCACAUUGGUCGCCAUAUUUCCAUUCGGUGUAUGACUGAUAUCAAUCUUCUUUUCCUUGUAACAGAAGCCUUUGCUUACAAAGUAGUUACGCAAAUCGAUCCACAGGGGUUUGCAAUAUAUGUAUUGAGUAAAAAUACGCAGGUGAUUAUAGAAAAUCUCGCGCGCUGAUUGGUCAAGAAACUCACACUAUAAAACGAUAAUCACCUCGAGCGAAAAUCCAAAAUGGCGUCCAGCCGCUUUGUUGCUGUUACCGGAAAAAAAAAGCCUUUUAUCUUCUUUUUUUACUUUUUUUAAAAGAAUCACCUUUGUAUUUUUACGAAUAAUUGUUAAUUAAAGCAACUGCUAAGUUGUUAGACCUAUUCAUGUUGAAUACACGCGAUAAAGUGUUUAAAUUGAACUCUUGCAGCACACGGUCCAACUACGGAGGCGGGAGUAAAAAUGACUUUACAUCAACGGAGAUGAAUAAGUUAAAAGCUGCUGUGAAAUGAUUAUGUAGAAGAUAAAGAUUGAUAGAUAGAUAGUUUUAUUGACUAAAACUUUAAAUUAAAAAUUAAAUUCCAAAGAUCUGCAUAGAAUGAGCUACCCUCA